ACAGAGAUAAGAAGUCCGGCGCCUACAGUCUCCAGUCUGACCGUGAGCGUGGCUAUAUUACCCUCCACCUGCGCUGAGCUAUUUCAGAGUUUUGCACUUGGUACGCCUGUGCGCGCAUAACUUUUUAAAGAAAGCAAAGACUUCCAUAUUUUUGGCACUUUGGAACAAGACGGGGCAUAGAGUGCGUCAGACUUCAAGCAUUGGAAUCAACAAGUGAUUCCAAUUUACGGGUAAAGGAGAGAGCUACUCAAAGCUCGCAGUUAUUGCAAACGUUAAUGGAAAGCUUUAGAUAACUUUUGAAGUACAUCAUUUUUCGCUUAAGCCACUAGAAGGUGAAGAGGACAUUUACUCAUUUUUACCGCUGUCGUUUUUUUUAACCUAGCAUCAUUCUCAGCAACAUGAGAGGACCGGUGUUUUUCCACAUGUGGACGGUUCUAAUUUUGGGAACUUUAACAGGAGUCGUGAGGGCUCAGGUCUCUACGACCAAAGUGAUGAGGGGCAACAACAGAAGAGACGACUUGUACCGCAAGGAGGAAAACAUCACAGUAACGCCACAGGGUGGAGUCAUCCACAGCCCACGCUACCCCAACGCUUACCCUCGCAACCUGCUGUUGUCAUGGAAACUGCUGUCACCACCAGGGAGCCGCAUACACCUGGAGUUUGACGGACACUUUGGACUGGAGGAGGCUGAGAAUGGAAUGUGCAGGUAUGACUUUGUUGAAGUGGAGGACCAGUCGGAGACCAGCACUAUAAUUUGGGGUCGGUGGUGCGGGCAGAAGGCACCACCCAGUCUAAACUCGAAAACCAACAAGCUCAAAGUCACCUUCAAGUCUGAUGAUUACUUUGUUGCAAGGCCAGGAUUUAAAAUCUACUACUCACUACUGUAUGAGUCUCCUUUGCCUGCAUCGAACACCAACUGGGAGGCUGUCACCGUGCCCAUGUCGGACAGUGGUGGCGGGAAGGUGUCAGCGGCGGUCACAGAGCAGGCACCUUUUUCACUCGAUGAUUUAGACAGAACCAUAGCUGCCUUUGACACUGUGGAGCAGCUUCUCAGAUCCCUCAACCCAAACACAUGGAGACAGGACCUGGACAGCAUCUACACUCAAACACACAUACAUUAUAGAUCCAGGGCCUAUCACCUGGCAGGCAGACAUAAUAAAGUUGAUCUGAACCGGCUUCACAACGAUGUCAAGUGGUACAGCUGUACUCCUCGCAACUACUCUGUGAACUUGCGAGAAGAGCUGAAGACCACCAACGCUGUCUUUUUCCCUCGAUGUCUGCUGGUGAAACGCUGCGGGGGCAACUGUGGCUGUGGCACUACUAACUGGAAUAAUGGUUGUACCUGUCAGGCCUCCAAAACAACGCUCAAACUGCACGAGGUGCUGAAGUACGCUCCAGACCCCAUUCGGUAUCAGCGCCAUCAGAGUCCAAAGGUUCGCUGGGUCAUUGAUGAAAUUUUCCUCUCACAUCAUGAACAGUGUGAGUGCGCGUGUCCCUCCCAGCCCCCUCGCUGAGGCGGGCACAUCUGGAACUGUUAGACGAGUUGUCCUUUCUAUCUAUUUUGCAAUGGACUUCAUAUAAUAAUAGCACCGCUGACAAACAUGCAGCAAAGAAGAAGGUAACAAUUGACUUGUAAAGUGCAGCUCGCGUCAUGACUUACCUUUCCUCUGUCUAUGGGCCAAACCUGUAAAUCCUGUAAAUGCAACUCCCAUCCCAAUGUUUGCUAUUUACCAUUCCUGCAACUUGGUAUUUCUGUCUUCACUGUUCGUGCUGCAUUUAAACAUUACAUGUAUGGUAUGAGUGUUAACGUCUUCCAAAGAAAUUCCCAUUAAAAUCAAUCCAAUUUCUUUCCUCCCAAAUUUUAAAACCGUUGUUGUUGUAAACUUAAAUUUACAUUUUGAUGAAAGGAUUUUAAGGGAGGACAGCCUGAUUGAACUGAACCUGCAUUUUUCUCCAAGGCCUAGAAAAUAAGUCUUUUACUUUUAUUUCACAUGUUUUGUUGCAUUUUUUGUUUUAAAUAAGACUGUUUCUAGAAACUUCAGGCAACUGCCAGGAGCAUGCUGAGAUGA